CGAUACGCCGCGUGCGACUUAACCUAUCAGGUGUCCGCCCGUUAAACGGUUGUACGGUUGCAGUAACGAUAAUCGGCGCCUGGUUACUCGGAUCUCGUCCGCACGGCUUUUUUCGUUCGCAACGCGGACUCCCACAGUAAUUGAAAAAGUGGAUUGGUUAAUUGGGGACGCGAAUUUAACGCGGUCAGCGGAUUACGUGGUGACGCUUGUAUUCUUCUAAUGCGUUAAAGACAACGGGAUACGACUUGAGAAUACACUUGGAAGAAACUACAGAGUCGAGGAAUCAAUUAUCUUAAUCGAUUAAACGAAUUGCGAGGCGAGGCGGGAACGAGACGCGAGAAGGAAAGUGGCAGGAACGAUGGUAAAGUGGUAAAGGAAGAGCAAUAGAGGCGAGGAUAGUAUGGAGAGGAACGCUCAUAGCAUACGCGAGAGAAGCUGCGAACGAUCGCGAAUCACGCGCGACUUCGAGUACUUUUAGUGCGAGCUGCGUACUCAAUACGUGAACACGCGAUAGUUUGUGUCUCAUAUUCUCUCGUAUCAGGCCAUUGAUACGAUUUUAUCUGACAGUUUUCAUUACUAAUACUGUUUGCAACGUAAAAACGCAGCGAAUUAUCGGCGAAGCCGAUUCGAUUGUGCGAGAUUGCGCAGUUCGCGUGAAUCGCGUCACUUUCGGCUUCACAGCGAUCCACAAAAAUCGAAAAUCGAAGCGAGAAUCGCUUCAAAUCCGAAUUCAAAUUCAGGUUAAUUGGACGAAUCAGUUCCUCUUUUGGCAUUUUUAGCUUUUUACAUUCGCGAUAAUCGCGUAACUUCCGGUUUACCUCGUAAUCUACAAGAAUCGAGGCCGGGAAUCGGUACGAAUUGUCCAAAUUAAGGUGAAAUUAAAGUCGGUGCUGCUUCUUUUCUUUACGCUUGUGGAUUUUUAGAUUUAGUGGAUAUUUUUUUAGCGAAUUAUUCGUGAGAGCUGCGCGUUACUUCCGCCCGAUUUCGCGACCCACAGAAAUUAAGAGCAAGGUCAGUCGAAUUUCAAAUCGGGACAGCGGAGCGGAGCGGAUUUUUUUUCGCGUCUGCAAGCUCUUCAAGUAUUGUACUUCGAGCACGCUAUUUAUUAACGAUUAUUCGUUUUCGCGAAUCAAUCGAUCGUUUGUUCGAAUAACCCCAGAUUCCCGAAUCUAUAGUAAUUACGUUAAAGCUGCGAAUUAUUUCUGCUUCGGGUAUCUUUGACAUUCCGAUAAUUAAUUAUUUCGCGAUUACGCUGUCGCGUCGCGGCUAAUUGACGUUUCUCGGUGGUCAGAUAUUAAUUGCACGAUAUUUAGAGCACGCGAUAGUUAGGUCGUAAUUGGAUAAGGUUGGCGUGCCGCCGUAAGCAUCGCGCAAUACUUAAAUAACUGUUCGUUACUCUUUGGAAAAUCUAUUUCCGUCGAUGGCAUUCCUCAGCAAGGCGUGCGCGGUCGCUCGCGUGAUUCGCCGCGAAAGAAUCCGGCGAUAACGAUCUACGAAUUGUCAAACCGAUGCGAUCAGGAUGGAGACUUCCGCGAUCGUUUUGCACGAUACACCGAUCCAGGCGAAGCGUGAGCUGUUCUUCAAGGGCGAUAGCACAGGGAUAAUCUCGUCGCCAUCGGUGCCGUCAGUACCACCGCCACAGCCACCGACGCAGGCUCCCAACUCCCAGGUGAACAACUCUUCAACGACAACGGCAUCGAACAACGCCACAACGGCUAGCAGCAUCACGUCGCCAAACACGGCGCCGAUAUAUACGAGCGGCGCCACGUUGACGGGGUCCAACACGAAGCCGCGGCUGCCAUCCGCGAUCCCGAACGAUGCCUCGGAAGACAGCAACAGGCGCGAGUCCGCCCGGAUCAUCUCCUCCAAGGAGGACAGCAACAAGGAGGCCAGUCUGCUGCAGCACGCGCGACCCAUGCCACCCACCAAGUCCAAGGUGCUCGAUGGCUAUGUCGGUUUCGCCAAUCUGCCCAAUCAAGUGUACAGGAAAGCCGUGAAGAAGGGCUUCGAGUUCACGCUCAUGGUUGUAGGCGAGUCGGGACUCGGCAAAUCCACCUUGAUCAACUCCAUGUUCCUGGCGGACAUAUACAGCGCCGAGUAUCCCGGACCCAGCCUCAGGAUAAAGAAGACCGUCGCCGUGGAAACGAACAAAGUCAUGCUAACUGAGAACGGCGUCAAUCUCACCCUCACUGUCGUCGACACUCCCGGUUUCGGUGACGCUGUCGACAACAGCAACUGUUGGGUGCCGGUGAUUGACUACAUCGAGUCCAAGUACGAGGAGUUCUUGAACGCGGAGUCCCGCGUGACGAGACGGCAGAUCCCGGACAGCCGAGUGCACUGCUGCCUCUACUUCGUCUCGCCCUCCGGCCACGGAUUGAAGCCGCUCGACGUGGAGUUCAUGCAGCGUCUCCACGACAAGGUCAACAUCAUACCCGUUAUCGCCAAGGCGGACACUAUGACACCGGACGAGUGCGCGCAUUUUAAGAAGCAGAUCUUGAAUGAGAUCGCGCAACACAAAAUAAAGAUCUACGAGUUUCCCGAGGUCGAGGAGGAGGAGGACAACAAGUUCCACAAGUUGUUAAGGGACCGAGUGCCGUUCGCAGUCGUGGGAGCGAACACCGUCGUUGAGCACGACGGCAAAAAAGUGCGGGGCAGGAAGUAUCCGUGGGGAGUCGCGGAAGUCGAGAACUUGGAGCACUGCGACUUCAUAGCGCUGCGGAACAUGGUGGUGAGGACGCACGUGCAGGACCUGAAGGACGUGACGAACAACGUGCACUACGAGAACUUCCGGUGUCGCACCCUGGCCGGCCUAGGCGUCGACGGCAAGCCGACGAAGGCGUCGAACAAUUUGUGCCCGCCAGGAGUGAUGAACAGUUUCAUGACGGUGUGGAAUCCGUUGGCGCAGCUGGAAGAGGAGAAACGAGAGCACGACAACAAGAUGAAGAAGAUGGAGUUGGAGAUGGAGCAAGUCUUUGAAAUGAAGGUCCGCGAGAAGAAGCAGAAGCUGAAGGAUUCCGAAGCGGAUUUGCAGAGAAGGCACGAGCAGAUGCGGCGCUCGUUGGAGCAGCAAGUGCGAGAGCUCGAGGAGAAGAGACGAGCGUUCGAGGCCGAGAAGACCGCCUGGGAACAGCAAACCGGCCACAGUAUUGAGGAGCUGCGUAGGCGCAGUUUAGAAGCGAAUUCGAAAGAGACGGGAUCGGUGUCCUCCGAGGGAUCUGGAGGCGGCGGGGGUACAUUGAGGGGCCCCCGACGGAUAGGCAGCCUCCUUCGUCGUCACACCAGUUUCAAAUCACCUCAAGACAGCCCCGCACAGAUACAGCUUGUCAUACAGCAUCCUGAGCAUCCCUAAUAGUGACCGUCUCCCUAGAAUCUCUCGUACGCGCUUGCAGGAAUCUCGUUUGCCGAGGUCGUCGCGCGGACUCCUCACCCCGCGCUCAACCCUUAUCCGCGCGAUCAUCUCCCUUCUCUCGAUGAGAGUAUUUCCCGACAAUGGUCCUGCGAGGAUCUCUGUCCUGAAAUAAGAACGAAUAUCAAAGUAUCCUAGGUCAAUCGGAAACAAUCAAAAUACGCAGAGAUAAGAAAGAAGCUAUUCGCGAGAACGAUGUAAGCUUGUACGGAUAAGGGUUGAAGAGAAUCCUCUUGUACUUGAGGAGAGCGAGCGCUGUCUGUUUGGACGAUAUCGAUUCGUCGACGGUGCUUCAGUGGUAAAUUUUAUGAUGGAACCAGUGUUUGUGUCUCGGCAAGAAUCAAGUAAUAAAAAUCGUAGCAGUUCCUUGCCUCGCUGAGUUUCUUACUAAUUUAUAUUAUUUUUCAGACUAUUUAUAUAUUAUCCACAACGGUUUCUUCAUCUUCUUUGCAAGAUGUUAAAUUUUUAGUAUAUUAAUUCCUAAAUUAAGUUUUUUCCUUUUCAACAAGCGGACGUGCAUUGAUCCGCAAUUUACUUACAUCGUCUUUCAAUAAUGUGACUGCCAAUCUCGAGCUUAUGUAUCUCGAAUAUAUUUACAUGGAGAUUAAGGGUAUGCCUCAUAUAUAUGUACUCGUUGUGAUAGACAGCACUUGCUCGCCUCGACGCGCGCGUACACGCGCUCGUUCACCCGUUCGAUACAUAUCGUAAUCCAAAGCGACUGUAUAUUUCUAGCGAGAAGUGGCCGCGGGCCACUUCAUAUAAGCCGCAAAGUUAUCGCGCACAAGGCGUGCGCUUGUACUGACGAGCAUGUAAAACACGUGACUCGAUAAUCUCGCAUUUUGUACCCGAUCGUCUUCACGCUUUCACGUAUCGCUUAAUGAUUCACGACAAUGACUCACUAUUCAUGAUCCACUAGGUCGGCGACUAUCGCCAGAACUGCGUAACAAGCGCUUGUUAGAUGUACACUUAACGAUAAUACACAUAACGACCGUCGAAGCCAAGGAAAACCGAGCGAUACCUCGAGUGGAGGAUUCCAUUCGAAUGACUUCGAUCCGUUUCCAUUUGUUUCCGUGGAUUUUGAGGAAUUUGGUCCUCCUAGUUUGUUUUCUCAACAAUCGCGCAAUUUCCUGCGUCUUCGCACUGAAGUUACACGGCUCGCGUUACAGUCGCCUGUUCCGUGCUCGCGAUUCGUUACAUGAAUCUCAUUUUUCUCUUACAUUUCGCCGUAGUAACAUGCUCGUUGCGCGAGUACAGAAUCUCAGUUUGCGGCAAUAAAUCCGACGAUAGCGUUUGCGUCUCAGAAAGUCGACGGUCCAGGAAGCCUGGGAAGCCUUCUUCCGUCUGGACCGUUCCCUUUCGAUGUACUUUUCAUGUCAUUUAUCGGUUUCCUCGCGUAAUCGUUUACGGUAAAUCGUGCACAGUGGAACGUAUGAUAAUGUAGUGCAAUUAGACGAUAGUGUAUCAGCAGUAUGUACAUUCGACGAUAACGUAUUUUUGGCACUUUGAUAAAACUCGGAAAUGUAUAUGUAAACGCGUAUGACAACCGACUGCAUAAUUAUCGCACAAUUAUCGCUCUCUCACUGCAUAGCAGUGUCGUUUUUUUUAAUACUCUAUCGAAUCGGCGUUCUACACACGCACGUACACGCAAUCAUUACACAUGUCAACCCUUUACCGCACCGCGUGCCAUAAGUCCCACUUUUCCAUCAAUAAUUUACCAGUGCAGCCGGACUUGCGGCUGUCCCACAUCGCAUCAGUCAGUCAAUCAUUCAUUCGUUCAUUCGUCUCGCUCGAUUUACGCGUUCGAAGCUGCUGUUUGUACUUUUCCUUCAUGUUAGCGAAGACGUAGCUUUAUUAGCGUUACGCCAAAUCGGGCAAAUUGUGCGCAUCGUGUCCCUGUUAACGUUUUACAGAAGCAGAUCGUGCCGAAGAAAUAAGCUGCUGAGUUUACUUGCACGCUGAAGCUAACGUGAACAUGAUCAAUCGCGACUGAAGAGCAUUAGAGCAUUUCUUCCCCUUCGUUCGAUCAAAGUUCAUUGUCCUUUGCGCGAGACAGAGAGAAAAUUCGCAAAGGAAAUUGGCGAGAUUUGUUUUUAUCGCUUUUAUCAUCCGAAAAUGCGGCGAAGGGUUGAACGAUCACCGAGUCUGAGUGAUUCAUCAGCGCGAUUUGUAAGAUCAAGCCAUUGUAAACUCUGAGCAAGCUGUCGAGCCGACUCGUCCGAGUCACUUUGUCAUUUCUCUUCUGUUAGACCUUCUCGUAGCCGCGCAUUGCGAUGAAGUCGCUCGCGUAAGCAUGAUUAGACGUUCCGUUUGGAUCGUUCGCGUCGGGAAUGAUUCCAAAGAGAGGACGGAGACAGCUUGGUAGAGGACAUUAACUGCCUAUUACUAAUACUUAUACAUUGUUAAUUUUUCAUUGAUCCCUUUUUUCGCAAAUAAACGCAAUGCUUACCU